AAAACUAGGCAUCUGAAAUAUUUCAUUGAACUUAUAGAUUUUGUUACAAACAUAGUUAGCACGCAAGAAUUAGGUACCCCACUCCUUACACGUGUCCAAAAAAUAUUGCUUCAUAUAUCCCUACAAAUUCUGAUCAAUUCUCCCUCCACUCUUCCCAAACCCAGUCCUCUCUCUCUCUCUCUCUCUCCACACCCAGCUUUCUCUCAAUUAGUUUGAUUCUUUAAGAUGAGUAAUUUGUGGAAGUGAGAUUUGAGAUGAUACAAGAGCAAAGAAGGCAAACACUCUCAUCAAUGGACUCAAACAUUAAUCCAGCCAAGAAAAAGAAGAACAACAUGGCUCACUCCGAUUCCAACACGUCCUCAUCCUCCAGCGCCGAUAGCUCCCCACUGAUGAUGUCGCCAUGGUCGCCCCUCCCCAAAUUCCCAUGCCCCACCGCCCUGGUGGGCUCAGAGGGCCACAUAUACUCCCUCGCCGUCAAGGACGGCCUCCUCUACACCGGCUCCGACAGCAACAACAUCCGCGCCUGGAGAAACAUGCAGGAAUUCGACGCCUUCAAGUCCAGCAGCGCCUUCGUCAAGGCCAUCGUCAUCUCCGGCGACAGGAUCUUCACCGGCCACCAAGACGGAAGGAUCCGCGUUUGGAAGAUGGACAGCGCCGGCGUCCACAGGCAAAUCGGCACGCUCCCCACCUUCUUCGCCCUGCUCAAAGCUUCCAUGAGGCCCCACAACUACGUGCAGGUGAAGCGCCACCGCAGGGCGCUGUGGAUCAAGCACGCCGACGCCGUGUCGUGCCUGAGCGUCAGCGAAGAAGGAGGGCUGCUCUACUCGGCCUCGUGGGACACAACGUUCAAGGUGUGGGACCUCCACAGCUCCAGAUGCGUCCAAUCCGUAGGGGCGCACGACGACGCCGUCAACGCGGUUGCGACGGGCGCCGGCGGGCUGGUCUACACGGGAUCCGCCGACGGCACCGUGAAGGUGUGGAGGAGGGAGCGGGACGGCAAGGCGGUGCGGCAUGUGCUGUGGCGGACGCUGCUCCGCCAGGACAGCGCCGUCACGGCGUUGGCUGUCGGCGAGGAGGUGGUGUACUGCGGGUCGUCGGACGGGCUGGUGAAUUUCUGGGAGGUGGAGAAGCACGGCGGCGUUCUGAGGUGGCACCAGUUGGCGGUGUUGUGCCUGGCGGCGGCCGGUAAUCUGGUGCUGAGCGGCUCCGCGGAUAAGACGAUAUGCGUGUGGAGGAGGGAAGUGGUGGGGCAUACGUUACUGACGGUGUUGUCCGGACACGCGGGGCCGGUGAAGUGCUUGGCGGUGGAGGCGGAGGCGGAGGCGGAGGAUGGGAAGUGGAAGGUGUAUAGUGGGAGUCUUGAUAAAUCGGUGAAGCUGUGGAGUGUAUCAGAAACCAUGCAGCCGCUAAAUAGAUAUGAAUAACUGUUUCAUCUGUGUAAUAGAGUAUCAUCGCUUUCUCAAGCGCCUUUUCUUUCUUAUUAAUCUGCACUCAUUAUAAUCUUUGUCGGGAUGGGGCAAACCUACGUUUUGUGCAUAAUAAUAAUAACAAUAGAGUUUCUUUUGUGCAUAA